AUGGCGACUCUUCCUUCAACCUCACAAGCUCCCGAGUGGGCGACCCAAGAGUCAGAUCUCGUCGAGGACCUUGACGAACCCCCAGAACUCAGGCUGUAUAUGCCGACGCCCAAGCCUCUGCCUUUCCAGAGAUCGCCGAUUCGCCCCAAGCAGGUCUCGUCCUCGCUCUUGACCCAGGCCAUCCUGGGACAGUCCGACGAGGAGGACGGCCAUGUUUACCACCCCACCAAGACCGCCAGCCAGCGCCGCCGCUCCAUCGUAAGCAAUGCGAGUAUUGCUUCUACCGCUGAUCUCACCAGUGAUACUGGUAUGACCAGCCCUUCGCGAACCAAUACCCCCAGCCCUCCUCUCCCGGAUCUGUCAACGCACCGUCUUCACCAUGGCGCGAAUGAUCAGAAGCCCGGCCUCAUCGCCUCCUUCUUCGGCGCCAAGCGAGUGGAGGAGCCUGCCAAGGAGGCCCCUCGCAAGCGAUGCAUCCAGUUUGCCUGUGCUGCCAAGCCUCAGGCCGCCACGCAAGCCGCUCCCUCGGUUGCUUCGCCCCCCAAGGUCAAGACCCCUCUGACCGAGGAGGUUCCCAAGCGAUGCAUCAAGUUCGCCUGCCCGGCUCGUCCUUCCACUGCGCAAAAGGCUGCCUCCAAGCCCUAUGAGCCCUCCACUCCCAAGCGGAGCAUGACCCAUCCUCUUCCCACAUCUCCUCGACCCUCUGCCGCCCAGCCCGAGACCGGCAAGGCCUCGCUCGCUCGACCUCGAUUCCUUCGUGCUUCAUCCACGGAGCUCAUCAAGGAUGCCUCUCAGUUCCACGAGUUUGCCAGUGGUAUGGCUCGCGAGGAUGACUGGAUCCGCCAAGAGAACUCCACCCAGGCUAAGCUUACCAUCUCCGAUACUCUGGUCAAGGAGAAUCUGUUCCGCCGUCUGGGAGCUGAAGAUGACGAGCUUGAUGUCAUGGACAACGAAGAUGAGGAUGAGGAUGAAGACGAGCUGGACGACAACUCUGACGGCUACCACACUGAUGAAGAGACCGGCUUCGCCGAUUCCGAUGAGGAAGAUGACGGGGAUGAGAACAUGAUUCUGUGGACGCCUGGUCGUACCCCCUCUGCCCUCCAGCAGGCCAUUCCCAGCCUGGCUCGCCGUCUCUCCAUGACCGAGCAGCACUCGGACUCCUCCAUCGGUACUCGACGCAGCCGUCGCCGCUCCAAGGCUCGUCCCAUUGGACCUCAAGUCGAGGCGCCAGAUCUGCCCGACAGCACCGACUUCGUCUGCGGCACGCUGGACGAGGAUCGCCCCGUUGAGGAUGCCUAUCUCUCGUGCCUCGCCGCCCGCAGACUCGAGAAGCUCCGCAUCAUCCCCCAAGACAUUGACCCCAGCUUCCCGGCUUCGGACCUUGAGGAAGAGGAUGACGACGAUGUCUACGCGGCUGCUCCUGACAGCGACGAGCACGCCUGGGUCCAGGGCGCCAUGGAGGAUCUUGGUGACGAGACAGACCGCGCUCGUAGGAGGCGUAAGAACGAGAACACUUCUCCCCGACGGCUCCGUUCUCCGCCUCCCAAGCGACGCGGCUCUCCCGCCCCCAAGCCUCGCGCGCGCUCUCCUAAGCCGCUUUUUGACCGCCAGUCGCCUCGGCGAGCUCGCUCCCCUGCGCCCAAGGCAAUGGCCAUGGCGACUCCCAUCCAGACUCCGCGACAGGGUGCGCACGCCAAGUUCCAGCUGGCUGGCCGCCCUGGCCUUACCCAUACCAAGUCCCUUCCUCGGCCCGCGGCCCUGUUCCGCCAUCAAAAGCCCAAGGGCUCAAAGACCUCUUCUGAUAAUGAUGCGCACAUCCGCACCGCCAUCGACAUCGUCAAGGGCCUCGAGAAGAAGCGUCUCCGCCGCAAGGAGAAGUUCUUCCAGAAGUACUGCGAUCGUGCCCGACGCGGGCAGAUCCCCGAGCGCAAGCCGCUCCCUGGCCUUGGCGCUGAGCGCAUGCGAGAGCUUGGGUUGCUCAUGGCCGGCAAGAAGGACCCGGGCAACUACGUGCUCUCGUGUUAA